AUGGCUGCAGUCGCAUUACCUCCACAACCCCUCAACGACGAAAGUUCUCUGAAAGCAGCUCUCGAAGCUCAAGAAUACCUUCAAUCGCGCCUUACUGCAACAUCUGAAGCUCCUGCCUUUCGAUCGAUACCCAUAAUCGACCUCACCAAGUCCUUUUCAAGCUCGCUCGUCGAUCGAAGAGCAGUAGCGGAACAGAUAAACUCAGCUUGUACGGAUGUGGGAUUCUUUUAUAUCACAGGACACGGGAUUGCGACAGGGGUGUGCGAAGAUGUGUUGAAGUUGGCACAUCGCUUUUUUCAUGAGCUACCACAGCCCUCAAAGGAUGCUAUGCUAUGCAACGAUUACUUCAGAGGAUAUGAGCCGGCCGCAUUUACAUCUGUCAAUAAUUUCGAGAGCAAGGAAACCAAGGAGGCUUUCAAUUGGGGCUAUGAAUCAGGUCUUGACCCAACUGGAGGCGACGGGAAAUAUGUGGAGUUGGAUGGCAAGCCAGAAGCGUCAGUGAAUCUAUGGCCUUCUGAGAAAGAACUUCCAGGAUUCUAUGCAGGAAUUGCAAAAUACUAUGGCGAGGUCCUCCAACUCUCAAGACAUCUCUUCAGGCUCUUUGCGCUUUCGCUAGCAUUGCCCGAAGACUACUUCGAUCCUCUCAUGACACAUCCUGGAGGUAUCGCAAGAUUAAUCCGAUACCCACCAGCUACGAACCCGAAGCCAUUAUCAGAAUUGAACGAAGACGAAGAGAUUGGCCUUGGUGCACACACAGAUUACGAAUGCUUCACUCUCCUCCUUCAAGAUGCAAAUCAAGGUCUCGAGAUUCUCUCUCCAGACAAUCACUGGAUAUCUGCGGCGCCUGUUGAGGGAGGAAUUGUGGUCAAUGUGGCAGACUUCUUGAUGCGGUGGACGAAUGGAAUAUACAAAAGCACGGUGCACAGAGUGGUGAACAGAACGGACAAGGAGAGAUACAGUAUACCCUUAUUCUUCUCCAUCAACUAUGAUGAAACGGUGGAGACAUUGCCGAGUUGUGUGAAAGAGGGAAAUCCGUCGAAGUUCCCGCCGAUAACUGCCGGCCGGUACAUUCUUGAUAGAUUGAACUUGACGGUCAAAACGGGGAAGUAUUGA